AUGGAACUUAGUCAGUUUAUAUUCGGAUAUAAGCCAAUUACAGGAAAUAAUUGUAUGGUUGACUACUGUGCUGAUAUUUAUUCAGAAAGAUUAGAUGAAGGCGGCAUUUUAAUUGGCAUGAAUGCACCUUAUUGCCAGGUGAUAACAGAUUAUAUUCAUUGUCUGAGUGAAACGAAUCGGCCAUGUCGAGGCAAUCUUAGAUAUCACACAUUGCACACUUUGCUUCAUAGACAAGAAAAGGAAUUUGCAUGCAAUUCUUUUCCAGAGACAAUGAAACCAAGUAAUUAUGUACCUUCUGGGUGUAUAUUUCCAGUUGACACUGCACCGCACACCGUGCAACGUUACUGUGCAUUGUUUGGUUCUCGACAUUUGCGCACAUUAAACGGACGUUUUGAAACGUGUGGUCGAAAUGGUGCAUUUUCAUUAGUAAACAACAAACAUUUAUUAGUGCAAAUAACUCAUGCAUAUUUGGGAAGUGGGACAAGUGCUAUCUCCAAGAUUACAAUAAUUAUAAAAGAAAACAAACGUUGUACAGUACGCAAGCAGUAUGAAGCUGAUUCAGAAGAUGAACGGCUACCAAAUGCAUUUAGUGAUGGAAGUAAAUAUGUGGGUGAUUCAAGUCGUAAGGCUGUAGAAAUAGUUUUUUGGAAUCAGAAUCAUGUUGAAAUAGUGCUACGACACAUUGCAACAAGAAUUUACGUUAGGCGUCAUGGUGUGUACCUAUCAGUUUCUUUACGUAUACCAGAACGGGUUGUGGAGGAACAGACUGACGAUGAAUUCGAUAUCUGCUCUUAUGGUUGUAGUCGUAAUGCUGCAGUCAAAAUGGAAGAAGCUCUGGCAAAUCCGAAAUCGUUUAUGCGUUGUCAUGGAAUUAGUAUAAAAACUCCGUUGAAAACCGCAAUUGAGCGGUGCAUUAGAAUUAAUGUAAUGGAUGCAUUUUUCGAUGCAUGCGUCUUUGAUCUGUUAAUCAGUGGGGAUGAAAGAUUGAUUGCCCAAGUGUAUGAUGCACAAAAUGAUAUUACGGAUUUGUACUCUCCUUACGUACGCCACUAUUUUACGGGUCGACAAAAUCUCACGGUAUAUGACGCUAAAGCAGGUUACAAAUGGAAACAGUGCAUCUUAGAUUCAUCGAUGAACUCCAGACAAGUUGCAAGCUCGGCUAGGCUAGUGCCAUCACAACGAUAUAGACUACUUAGGGAUAUGUUACUUUUGUUGCUUGUUAGUCUUGUCAGCUUUUCAAACUAA